CCCUCUAGCGACAGUCAUCAUUGCCCUGAAGAUGAGCGCGCCUGUCAAGAGUUGUUACUUGCGAAGUCUUCUGGAGAAGACGCCGACGAAUGUUCAUCUACCGGAUAACACUCCAAUUUUCGUAGGACGCUCGCCAGAAACCGGUAUCACAGAUACGAAAUGCUCGCGGCAGCAAGUUCGUAUAUGUGCAAACUAUGCCGAGGCUUUUGUCACCGUUCAGCAAAUUGGUCCACACGCCUGUGGGUUUAAUGGCUUUAAAACUCGGAGGAAUGUAAGAUUUGUGGCCAGGCACAAUGAUCACUUGGAAUUGCUCUAUGGCAAGCAUGCCUACGAAAUCGAGUUCAAUCCGCCACCGAGUAUGAAAAAUCUGACAUUGAGAAAAAGGUCGUAUGAGUCAGCAACAGAGGAAACUGAGAGUAGAGCGAAAAUGUUGAAACUGGAUAAUCUUUCUGAUCAUCACUCAGAGGAAUCUGAGAAUGACGAAGAAAGAUUAUCUUCCAAUAGUGUACAUUCCAACCAGAACACUUUCAGUACUGGUUCUAGUACAUCCUCUAAACAAAGCAGUGAUACCUCAAGUACAUCCGAAAAAUGGGAGAGCAUUGAUAAUGGAAAAUUGUUAAUUUAUACGCCAACGUCUGUUCAAAAUCGAGCAAAAGUGGCUGCGUAUGAUAUGGAUGGUACUUUAAUAAAAACUAAAUCUGGCUUAGUAUUUCCAAAGGACUGUAACGAUUGGCAGUUGCUAUAUCCUGAUGUACCUGGUAAAUUAAAGCAGCUUUACAUGGAAGAAUACAAAAUAGUGAUCUUUACGAAUCAAGCGGGCCUUAGCACUGGCAAAGUCAAAAUUAGCGAUUUUAAGCGCAAGAUUGAGAAGAUUGUGCAGAAAAUUAGCGUUCCUAUUCAAGUUUUUAUCGCUGUGGGAAGGAGUAUUUAUAGAAAACCAACAAUUGGUAUGUGGGAAUUACUGGAGAAAGAGAAAAACAGAGGUAUUGCAAUUGACAAGGGUAAAUCGUUCUAUGUUGGUGACGCCGCUGGUCGGCCGAAGAACUGGGCCCCAGGAAAGAAGAAGGAUCACUCGAGAGCGGAUCGAUUAAUGGCUUUGAACGUGGGCGUGAAAUUUGAGACACCCGAGGAACAUUUUUUGAACCACAAAACGCCACCUUACGAAUUGCCCAAAUUUAAUCCGAAAAAUCUGUCGAAGACUGACAACAUAUGUAUACCCGCGGAUGCGGAAUUAACAUGGAAACAGCAAGAGAUGAUACUUAUGGUUGGUAGUCCAGGUUCUGGAAAAUCGCAUUUUGCAAAGAAUUAUCUGAAGGAAUACGGAUACGUUAACAGAGAUACUUUAGGCAGCUGGCAGAAGUGCAUUGCCGCCGUUCAGCAAUAUUUAAAUCAAGGAAAAAGUGUAGUUAUAGACAAUACCAAUCCCGAUUCAGCUUCGAGACAGAGAUAUAUAGUUGUAGCCAAGAAGCACAAUAUCCCAGUUAGAUGUUUUGUCAUGACGACGAGUAUAGAACACGCGAAACAUAAUAAUAAGUUUCGCGAGUUGACUGAUCCAAGCCAUAUUCCAAUCAAUGAAAUUAUUAUAAAUUCUUACGUGAAGAAUUACGUGCCGCCAACUUUGGAGGAAGGUUUUAAGGAGAUAGUCCAAAUCAAUUUUGUUCCGAAUUUCUGUAAUGAGCAAGAUCGAAAGCUCUACGAGAUGUAUUUACUUGAGGAUUAAAUUCUAGGUUAUUUAAGCAAUUAAAUUUAUGUAACUGGAAUCCGUCGUCACAUUAAACUAUUUUUAAUAUAAUACCCAAUAAAAAUAUUAAAUUAUCUACUGCGUAAUCCGUUAGUUACUUAAUUCACUGUCAAUGCAGACGCGUCGGCGUUGUUCAAUGUUGGCACAGUGCCCGCGCGCAACAAAAUAUAUAAAAAGAAAUAAAUUGUAAUCACGA